AUGUUAAUCGAAGAAUUUUGUACAUUUAAGGUAUUAAAAAUAUUGAUAUUUAAAAUGUAAAUAUAAUUGUUAUAAUAACGGUGUAGUAACUGAUAUAGAUAAUUAAUUGUAUAAUAAAUUUUUAAUAAAAAAAAUGUUUUUUUUAAAAGAGUUCACAAAAUAAUUAUUUUAGCAUUGCAAAAAAAAAAGAAUAAUUAGAAAAUCUUUUAAAUAAACAAUUAUUUUAUUUAGUAUCUAUAGAAAAUGAGCAAAUAAAGUAAUAAAUUUUUAAUAUACAAGUUUAAUAUUUGUAAAGAUGAUAGAAUAAUAUUUUUCAUAAUAUUCUUAUGUGAAUCACAGAGGGGGUGUCGUUCUAAAGGAACCUAUAGAAAAGGGCGGGGGCUUGUUAGUCAACCCUAUUACUAUACAUUGUUGCAAUUGCAGAUUGUCCUUAUUCUUGGGAGAGGUUCUCAUUGGAUGUGCACGUGUACUUGGUCACGUGACUAUAUAUAACAAACGCUACUGGUCGUUUCGUCCCUUUAACAUUACGCGUACGUCAUAAAAUUUACGGUCACGUGAUUAUUGUCGCCAUCUUGGCAGUUUUCGACGACGAAGGUAAGAAGGAUCCGUGACGUCGAACCCAAAUAAACACAAAGUAUAUGUGAAUAAUUUUGAUAUAAAAACGGUGUAUAUCAAGUGUCGAAGGAGUCGCGUGUGUAGCCGAAUAUUUAUCAGUGUUCCGAACGGUCAGUGAAUUUAAAUAGCGCGGCAUUUGCGAUGUGUGUGUGUUUCGAUUAUUGGUCCUCUUUGGGGGGAUAAUCGUGAUCGGCUAGCGACCACCACGGCAGCUGUUCGACAGUUAAGCCAGCCCUUAUGAAGAAAUGGCGGCACCUUUCUAAAAUUUUAAUUAAUUAAUAAACACGAGUGUUUUCGUAUUUCCAAGAUCGUAGAUGAAAACAAGAUAUUAUUAUUUGUAAAAAAGAAAAAAAAAAAAAGAAAGAAACGCCAAGGGACUUGCGAUUGAUUUGUUGGAUUUUAUGAUUUGUAUAGUUGUGGUACCGAAUAACACAAUAUAACCAGGGCCGUGACGAUCCUCUCAAUUCCCUUGCGCAUUCCCCGUAAUUUUAACUCCUCUUAUCUCUUUAUUAAACAGACUGUCUCGUCAGAUUCUUAACAAAAUUUCGAAUGUGUACGCUAAUGUUUACGUUUCUGUGAUGACUAUACUUACUACGUUACUGAUGGUACUAGAAUUCAUUCACGAUAUAUCGAUUGCUAUUAACUACAGAUUUAACUAAAUUACUUACGUACAUUACAUUAUUAUAUACGAUAACAUUAGUGAUAUUUAUACACUGAAUAUUGUCUAACGAGAUUUGUUAUGUAUUUCAUUACCGUUGUUUUCAUAUUGAAACAAUUGAUCCAAAAUUGAUCGUUAAUAAUUUAUUUCAAUUAUAUCGAAGCAGUAUGUGUUUAUCUUUUAAAAGUGGUGUGAUUUUGCAUCAUUAUUUUGCUUACUUAAGUGCAUGAUCAGCAAAAUACGGAGUAAAUUCCUGGGAGAAAUGCUAUAUGUAAAUUAUUAAAAUUGCGAUAGAGAGAAUCAUGAUUUUAAUCUUCUAAACCGACUAAAUAAAACAUUAUUAUACAUUAAUAUUUCUAUAAUUUCAAUUAUUUAAUUAUAUAUUACUUUAUUUCAAUGAAUUUUCAGUGUAGUGAAACAGAAGAUACUUAGUUCAACCAGUGCUCUCUUUUAGUAUUUAAUACGUUUUAAACAAUUUAUAUUGCAUACGAUAUAAAUUUCUUAUAUUAUGACCAAAAACGUUUAAUCGACUUUGUUUUUUGAUUCUUAUUGAAAAAGAGAAUAUUAUUCAAUAUUUUAAAAAAUAUAUCAUUUUCUUUUUUUUUUUUUUUACAUAAAUUUUUGUUUCAGACUAAUAGACAUCUAUAUAAAGAACGAUUGAAUAAUAAUUAAAUGGUAUCCAAAGGAAAUACUACAUCAUCGAUUUUUCCGUUCUCAACUAUUCUACAUUUAUUUUUACUUAACCCUCGUGAAAAAGAGCCCACGAUUUUGCGACGGCCCUGGGCAUAACUUUUUAACGUUUCCAACGUCGCGCCUGCCCUCUGGUGCCUAAUUUUCAGCGAUGAAUGUUCACUAUUUACAGGUUUUGUGAAUAAAUCGUGUAUCGUGUGUAUAAGGGACAAAUCGUAGCUCCACCGUCGCCGCUGAAGAUCACACGUUGUGAAAAUGUCGCGGUAUCAGAAAAUCGUUUAGGACAAGCAAGCGGUCAGGUGCGUAUAUUUGUGCUUAGUGACAGGAGACGAAGGAGUUUUGUACGCGUUCCAUUACCUCACAGAUCUGCCGGGGGAUUCGUGGAUAAGCGAGUUAAGUAGCACGAGACAUGUCCCGAAACGAACAUACUGAAUGGAGUUCCUCAGUGUUUUCGAUCACCUGUACGUCCAAUUCUUUUUCACGUUCUCCAACUUCCAUAAUAAUCUUUACAUUGUUAGUUUGAAUGAACGAUACGAAUGCUGUAUCGAAGAUGAACGUUAAUGUAGGUUAAAGUAUGCUCAGCAUCUUUCAGAAGAGUCCUAAAGAUGUCUUUCGAACGAGAUGUAGAAUGAUUUCUAUCAUCUUAUCUGUUUUUUACUUCGUAUCGUCAAAUCCGUAUUUUCAAUAAAAUUCGUCAUAAAGAUAAAUGGUAACUCGAAAAAUUUCAAUAGGAAUUUUGGACAAGAACGCCUCCGAUCGGGUGGAUCAGAUCUAUAUAGAUAAUCUGACAAAAUGGUCCGCGUUUAUCUAGUUCCUUCAUCGUCGCGUAUCUUCAGUCCACAUUAGAGUAUUUGUUACUUGCCGUGUUGAAAUCACAUAGAUAAUGUGAAUUUCCAAGAGAAAUUCGUUCAAGUGCAGCAUCGCCAUGAAAGAUGAAUCUGUCACGAUCGGAUUCGCUAGGUCAUAGGGUUGUUCUGUAGGUGGUUGGCGUGUUGUCCGGCAUGUAAUAUAGAGAGUUCGGAAGGUUGUGCGCUCGCGCGCUCAUCUAUGGAUGGCGAGUUGGAUGGCUCGUGUGUGCGUAUUAUUGCGUGUAUGUUUAUAUAUCUACGGUUGCAUGUGUGCCGAUGUGUACGAAAGGCGAAAGUUCGAUGUGUCAGUUGUAGGUAUAGGUGUAGGUUUGGUAGGUUGUGAAGGUUGAGCGAGGAGAGGUACGGCGGAGGGCUGACUGACUGGCUGGCUGGCUGGCUGGCAGGCUGGCUGGCUGGCGCUCGGACGCGGUGGCUGGCAAGUGCAGGUGACUGACUGAGAGACGCUAACCAUUCAAGCUACUUCACAGGACUUUGGUUCAUCCGAUAAUUUUUGCCCACGGCCCAUUCCCUGUCCUCUGAUCACUUUUUCCAAGUGUGCGCGCGUGCCAAAAGUUUUCAUCGACAAAUCAAAUCACGUAUUUUGGGAAUCCGUCCGGACUGGAGCGUGCGAUAUAUACCCGACGAACUUUGUUGGUUAUGGGAACAAGGAAAUAGGAGUACGGAAUUCGCAGCGCCAUUUUGAAAAAUUCGGCCCCGCUAAAAAUUCUCUCUCUCUCUUCUCUCCUCUCCUCUCUCCUCUCUUCUCUCUCCCUGUCUCCCUCCCUCCGCCCUCGCGUUCUCAUAUCGUCGUUGUAAUGAAACGCGUCGUCGUCGCCACGAGACGUUUAUCUCUGUGUUCUUAUUAAUUGUUUAGAUCAACUGUACAGUGGUGUCCCCAUGGAAGGCACGCUGGAAGAACCCCCUAUUAAGGACUCAUCUCAGGCUAGUCCUGAUAAGCUUCUCAAAGGUAUGCUCUAUCUCUUUUUCAAACACAAUUAUAGCAAUUUUUCUUUGUACAACGAAUAUUCACUUUUCUGUUUACUUCAUUUCUUUCAUUGUACAAAAUUGACACCAAUAUCAAGUUUUUGACUUUUUUUGCUGGAUAUUAUUUUAUUGUAUUUUGUAUUUGCAUUGAAUUUGGAUGUCAUAAAAAAAUGUAGCUUGUUCAAAUCAUGUAGCAAUGAUUCUUAUUUUUUAACAUUUGUUCUGUUAUGCUUUUUGAUUACUGUAAUAUAAUUGUAAUUCUUAAUAUAUGUAUAUACAUGUACUUCAUUGAUUUACUAUUUAUUAAUAUGACUAAUGUUAAAAGUACUAAUAGUUUACUUCAUUUAUCGUACUAUGUUAGUAUGUGUUUAAAAAUAAGUUAUAUUUUGCAGAUGUGAUUCUAAAUGGAGUUAAUGGAAAUUAUAAUGACAAGGAAGAAUUCAUUGACGCUGAUUCUAAUAUAUCCAAAUUUGUGUCAAAAGAAAUUAGUGUAGUAAGGGAGGAGAGACAGGAAAGUGAAAAAGAAGACGAUGACGACGAACAUAGAAUGGAUGUUGAAAUGGAAGAAAGGGGUCUAGAAUCUGAAAAUAGUGAACGAAAUGGGUUAGCACAAAACAGAAGUAAAGGCAGUGAAAUGUCAGAAUCAGAAAAUGACUCUAAAAUGUCUAAAUUAUCAGAGGGUGUCAGUGACAUGAACAAUUUUAGUGAAGUGUCUAAGACUGAAGAUAAGUGUAAAAGCACAUCGUGUGAGACUAUGGAAGUUGAUGAACAGAGUAAUUCAGAUGUUGAAUGUCUUGACGAAAGCAUAACAGAAAUACAUUCUGAUCAUGACGAUGUGUUCACUAUGAAAACUUCUGCAGAUAAAGAUUUAUCAGGCAGCAGUGAUAUACAACUUAAUGAGAGUAAUGAAAUUGCUGAUAGUAGUAUGGAUACAUCGGAUGUAAAAAUCUGUGAAGAAAAUGGAAGUUGCGAUAGUCCAGAUAUUGAAGAAAUAACCGAUAGUGCAAAGAAUAGUCAUAAUACUUCACCAGAACGUGCUAAUAAAGAUUCAAAACAAAGAAAAUCGAGAAAGCAAGUAGAUCUUAGUAGUAUUACACCAAGAAGAAGUUCUCGAAAUAUAAAAAGGACAAGUUACAUAGAAAAAGAAAUAGAAGAGGAAGUAGACGACGAUGGUUCAGACAUUGAGGAGAUUAAGCCAGAAGACCCUCUAGCUGGUGUCGAUAGUAAAGAUAAAGAGAAUUCUAAACUAAAAUCACCAAUAAAAAAUAGUAAAACUACCAUUGUAGUCAAUGAUACUAAACGGUUAGUAGAAAUUGCUGCUGGUAGCAAAUCUGUAAAGGGAGGAAAGAAAGAACCUACUUUAGUUAUUAUAGAUACAAAUUCUAUACUUUCUGGGCGUGGUGGUGUUCCUGUGAGUAGCAGCAAACCUCAUCAUACUGUUUCUAGUACUAGCUCAUUUUCAGUAGUUCCAAUGGGAAUGACAACGCAAACUAUGUACCCUAAUAUGAGGACAACUAUUACACCAGUGCCCAUGACAUCAAAAACUGCACAAUUAAGUCCUAAAACCAGUAGUAUGACUACAGUAACACCUACAGUAACACCUCCUAUAUUACCUACUUUAACAGAUGAUAUGUUUGUGGUAGAGGCACCAUCUUUUAUAGUACCAUACGUAUAUGAAAAGCCACCUUUGAAACCAUUAAAGGAAUUUGUUACAAAAUUGGAAAAAUGCUUGGAAGAACAAGAAAAGGAAGAGAGAAGCAAAAGAAGCAUACAAGAAAAUAAGGGAGACGAAUGUGACGAAGAUUCACUGGAUAUGAAUCAAAAAAAUAAAGAUAAAAGUGAUGAAAGUGAAAAUGAAGGAACUUAUAGUAAGAGUAAAAAAGAUGAAGAUAGAGGUGACAAUUCACUAGAUAUAACUGAAUCUGGAUUUAGUAAUAUAAGUGAUAAACCAGAUAUACGACAAGAUGAUAGGAAUAAAAUAUUGACAUAUUUUGACUUACCUCUGGGAAAAUUUUUCAUGCAAAUUGGAGUGAAUCUUGUUCAAGAAUAUGUGCAAACUGAUCUUUUACGGACUCAAAAACGUAAACAGGGCAAAGGUAGCACAUCGGCUGAAACUCAACUAGCUAUAAAUUCACUCAUUAAGAAUCUAGAAUUUAGUAAAGAAAAUAACGAACCAUUCCAUUUAGAAUUGAAAAAAUGUGAAUUCUGUAAUUUUAAAACAGAAUCAACUUUAGUCAUGCAACAUCAUUUAGAAACUCCACAUAUGCGCAAUUACGUCUAUAAGUGUAAUUUUUGUCCAAUUGAAGUGCGUAGUCCUCACGAUAUUUUAUUCCAUAUGGAAGCAGAACAUAAUACUCGCGGAAGGUUGGAGCGGGGUCCAGCUUUUCAUCAGUGUCCUAAUUGUCCAUUCGAAGACAACCAAAAAGGCAAAUUAACUCGGCAUAUACUUGCUUGUACUAAGAAAUUCAGACCAGAAAAGAAUUUAGAACCAGCCGCUGAUUGGGAACCUCCAGCAAAAAUUCCACGAUUAAAUCGAACGAGACCUGUCGGGCCAACUAAUCCCAAUGCACUUGCGAUGGCAAUGAGUGGUAAAGGACCUCAGCCACUUUUACCCAAGUUACUUCCUGCUCCAAUCACCGGUCGCGGAAGAGGACGACCACCUAUGCAACCAAGAUAUUCAGACUUGAAAACAUUACGACCAGGUGGUACAACAAUGCGACAGGGUGGUGGGUGGCUCUGGGACUGUCAUGUCGGCUGUCUCGGGAGUGAGUAGCAGUAGCGGCGGCAGUUCCGGUCAACCCACACCCAUUGCACUUGUACCCAACGUAAUCGACUCUCUCUCUAGAUUGUCCUCAUCACAGAAUACAACAGCAAGUUCCAAAAAUCCUACAGCAAAAUUGUUAAGUCAACCAAGUAUAUCUAUAACUCCAUUACCACGUACAACAUCUCAAACCUCCAUUCCUGGUUCUGGUACUUCAUCAAAGUCUGGAGGAAAAACUACAUUUGUUAUAUGUGAAAUUUGCGAUGGUUAUAUUAAAGGUCUGGAAAGACAUUUACUUGGUUCUCAUGGAUUAGUUACAUCUAGUAUGCAAGAAGCUGCAAAUAGAGGAAAGGAUGCAGGACGUUGUCCUGCUUGCGGCAGGGUAUAUCAAUGGAAAUUACUAAAUCAUGUUGCGCGAGAUCACGGAAUGACAUUAAAACCAGCGCAUCUAUCUUAUAAAUGUACAGUCUGCACUGCCACGUUCGGAAUGUAUAAGCAGUUUGAAAAUCACGUAUAUUCGGCACAUAGUGUCGUAGCUAAAAGAGUAAUGGAUAAGAAGAACACACCUUCAUCUCCAUCGUCCAGAUCCAAUGACUCCCUUCUGAAACCAUUGAAGAUCAAUGAUGAAAUUACGAUUAUUCCACAACCAGCAAAACCUACAACCAGGUCGGGUACAUCUCAAGGCAGAGGAAAAUAGCAAUGAUCAGCAGAGUGAUACAUGUGUCUUGUCUUAAUGAAUUUCACGUAAUUUUGUGGUACUCCAUACCAGUCAUUGUAAUAUACAAUGACUGACGUGCCGUGUACAUGUGUAUGCAUAUUAUGCUUAAGACGCAAUUACAACACAUAAACCUACAACUCUUGGCAAAAAAAACUAGUUGAUUGCGUAAUAAUAUUCCAUCAAUGAUUAUACCGAUAUAUUUAUUUAAGAAUUUUUAUUGUUGUUAUCAGACAUAGAUAAAAUAGACUGUAAAAAUAUUAAAGGGUGGCCUUCAGUCUAAUUCCUUGGUUAAUCCUAGAGCUGCAUAUUCCUGACCUACAUGCCUAUGAAAACCUAUAAAUACGAAGUAUAUUUACAUUUUAUGCGACACUUACAUGUCAUACUGCGAAUUACUCUUGGAUAGUAAAUUCACUAAUAAUAUAAAUUCUUUUUCUAAGACAAAUAUACUUGAAUUAAUUCUAUUUUGUUAUUAACGCUAAUACGAUUACGUAGGGCAAUGAAUGAUAAACUGUCCUUACUCCAUAUAUUCGAUGUGUCUACGCGUCAUGUUGCGAAGUAAUUUCUGAACGGUAUACCAAGUAUCAAAUUGUAUUAAUUAACAGGGAGUGCCCUAAACUGUUUCGCGAUGUCCUGAAAAGUGAUGAAUAAUUUUUCUUCAUUUUUUCAAUCACAUGUAUACUUUCUUCUUUCUUUUCUAAUUUCGCCAUCGUACUUUUAAGCGACGAAUGUGGAAUUUAUAAUAAUUCUCUGCUUAAUUUGUAACAUUUCAUAAACUUGUGUGUAUGAAAUAAGUUAUAAAAUCAAAAAAUCUUUUGAAGUUGUAAAUUGUGUCUAUUUUCUGUAAGUUGGAACUUUUCGUCGCAAAUAUUGUAAUAAAAUAUUGAGUUAUUUUUUGCGCUCUUACAUAAACAAAAAUGUACAUUAACAUAGAGUAUAAUAUAAACGAUUGUAUUAAUAAAAUAGGAUGGCACAUAUAUGUGUAUACAUUUUUUCUGUUGAAACGAUAAAUUUAUUAUGACACCGAACUUGUUAGUACGAACAUCGCGACAUUUAAACAUAUAUUUAUAUAUGUAUAUAUAUAAUAUCAAGCAAAAUAUUAUAUAUAUAAAUAUG